GGAUUACGGCGCAGGCGGUGGACCGCGGCGCGGCUCCCCGGGCUGCAGCCAUUGCGCGGCGGAGCAUCCCGCAUUCAACAGGAGGGACCCGCCGACCGCGCCGAGCCCCCCGCCCGCCGCAGCCGCAGCCCGAGCGCCAUGGCCAAGGAAGGCGCCGAGAAGGCGGAGGAGACGGAGCAGAUGAUCGAGAAGGAGGCGGCCCGGGAGCCGGCCGAGGGCGGCGGCGGCGGCUCGCAGCGCCUGGGGGACGCCCGCGAGAUGCGCGCCGUGGUGCUGGCCGGCUUCGGGGGGCUCAACAAGCUGCGGGUCACGCGCAAGGCCAUGCCCGAGCCGCAGGACGGCGAGCUCAAGAUCCGCAUCAAAGCCUGUGGCUUAAACUUCAUUGACUUGAUGGUGCGACAAGGGAAUAUCGACAACCCCCCGAAGACACCCCUGGUGCCCGGGUUUGAGUGUUCCGGGAUCGUGGAGGCGCUGGGGGACAGCGUGAAAGGCUACGAGAUCGGGGACCGAGUCAUGGCAUUUGUCAAUUACAACGCCUGGGCCGAGGUGGUCUGCACCCCCGUGGAGUUCGUCUACAAGAUCCCGGACGACAUGAGCUUCCCCGAGGCCGCCGCCUUCCCCAUGAACUUCGUCACGGCCUACAUGAUGCUCUUUGAAGUGGCCAACCUCCGGGAAGGGAUGUCCGUGCUGGUGCACUCGGCGGGCGGCGGCGUGGGCCAAGCGGUGGCUCAGCUGUGUUCCACCAUCCCCAACGUGACCGUGUUUGGAACAGCUUCGACGUUCAAGCACGAGGCGAUCAAAGACUCCGUGACCCACCUCUUCGACCGGAACGCAGACUACGUGCAGGAAGUGAAAAGGAUCUCUGCAGAAGGCGUGGACAUCGUUCUGGACUGCCUUUGUGGGGACAACACUGGGAAGGGUCUCAGUCUUCUCAAGCCGCUGGGAACCUACAUCCUAUAUGGUUCAUCCAACAUGGUGACUGGAGAGACCAAGAGCUUUUUCAGCUUUGCAAAAUCCUGGUGGCAGGUAGAGAAGGUCAACCCCAUCAAGCUGUACGAGGAGAACAAGGUCAUCGCCGGCUUUUCCCUCUUAAACCUGCUCUUCAAGCAGGGCCGUGCCGGCCUCAUCCGCGGAGUGGUGGACAGACUCUUGGGGCUGUACAACCAGAAGAAGAUCAAGCCCGUGGUGGACUCGCUGUGGGCCCUGGAGGAGGUGAAGGAGGCCAUGCAGCGGAUCCACGACCGAGGAAACAUCGGAAAGCUAAUUCUGGACGUGGAGAAAACCCCAACACCCCUGAUGGCCAACGACAGCACCGAGACCAGCGAGGCUGGGGAGGAGGAGGAGGACCACGAGGGCGACGGCGAGAACAAGGAGCGGAUCCCCUUCAUCCAGUGAGGCCCCCGGGACGAGAGGAGGGGCCGGCUGGCGCCCCUCGGGCCCUCGAGCAAACGCCGUAGCCAGUGUGUGUCGUGUUCGUCUGCCGUCGGCUGAGCUUAACACAGGCGCUGUUGAUCAUUGUUGUGUUUUGAAAUUAAGUGCCAACCCCAUCCCAUGCAGUAUUAGGGUCCCUCCCCCGCCGGGCACCCCCGCCCCUUCCUCCAGACCCUCUCUGGGGUCCCUCGCGACAGGUCCGAACAAUCCGGCAAACCCGUGCGCCCAUUCACCGCUGCCCAGGGUCUGCGAGACCAGGCAGAGGCGAGGCAGGGCGGGGGGACAGGUCACCAGGGCCACCCCAGGCGAAGAUUCUUCAGGCCAAAUGACAUUUCUCCGCUGCCAGCCACCCACACUUGAGACGAGAAUACCCGCCAGAUGGGGCAGGUCAGAGGGGUGAUCUCCUGAGCCAACGGCCCAGUCUUGGGGUACACCUGCCUCUCCCCCACCCCCGCCCCCGGGAGGGCCAGGGAGCUGGCCAGGCCCACCCGCAGUGGCCUGGGCUGGGUCUGACAGACGCAGGGAAACACGUGCAGGUCCUUGAGGGCUGAAGGCGGCCCUGCCCGGGAAGGUCCCUCCUCCCAGGCCCCGGCUCCAGAGCUCACCCUCCCCGGGGGGGUCGCGUCUAUUUCCACUUCAUUUUUCAGACACAAGCACCGUGUGAUUUCGGAAGCCGUGACUCAGGCAUGCCCACAUUUGCCCACGUGCCAGUGGCAUGACCAAGCCUGCUCUUCUUAGUCCCCGUUUGACCGGGAGACCUCCCCGAGCACCCACGUGGGGGAGAAACAACCCACUUGUAUCUUUUUUUUAACUGUCGUUUUUGCCAAAGCCCGCUCCCACCUAGAGGCCAUCUGAUACCAAAUGAACAGAAAAUUAUGGUGCAGACUCUUGGCCAGACCCUGCCCUUGGGAGCUGGGGGCCUCCCCCUCGCCUGCUACUGGUCCCCUAGAAACUGCCUCCCCCCCCCCUUGGCCAGGGGGGCACAGCCACCCACCGGAAGAGGAGUCACAGGAUUUCCACGGGCCGGUUCCUCUUUCCCGCCUCCCCAGCCCCCUUGGCACCAAGAAUCGACUCCAGCCCCCAAACUCAAAGAAGCCGCAACACCAGCACCAGCACCCAGCUCACUUCCUGUCCCUCGAGGCCUGGGGCGUGGGGAGGGGGAGGGGGUCCCCCACGGCAUGACCAGGCAUGUGAUGGCCAGCUCUGUCAACCGUGAGCCGCUGGGCAGACAGGAAUGGGCGUGUCUUGGCCACCCCCACCCCCAGCUGCCCCCCCGGAAAGAAGCCCCUUUGUCCAUGGGGUCCUCAAGGUCUCUUCCUGCCCUACUCUGGGGGCGAUGACGUUCUUCUUCCCCACAGUGGGAGCUUGUGUCAAACGGGGGGCGGGGGAGGAGACGGAUGUUGCCCACUGCUGACCCCAGGCUGGAUGAGAGAACCCCUCCCCCCACCUCUCCCUUUCCUCCCCGAAAACCCACGUCCAGUUCUGGCCUUUCUGAUCACCCAUCACUGCCCUCCCAGGCCCCCUUGUGGAGAGCUGUGUGGGUCGGUCACGGCCCACCCACCCCCCAGAACCGUGCGACAAUGGGGUCUUGCAGAGAACCACGUGCCAAGCGACAUUCCCGGGGAAGGGGCUGGACACAGGGGCUCCUAGGGCCCGCGAGCAGGGGGGCAUCUCCAGGCUCGGAAUCCCGAGGGGAGCUGGCUGCACCAGGCAUGCCCACCCACCCCCCCCCAAAAAAAAAGGUGGUGUUGUUUUCAGUGACUCAUCGUGCCGGGCAGUUGGGGAACGUCCUUCCACCUGCCGAGAACCUGGGAGAGGGGUGAGGGCGGGGGUUCGCCUCCAAGUGUGGCGCAGAGCGCAGUGUCCGCCUGCCCGUCUCCUGGUGCUGGACACGGCAGCCGCGUGUGGUCACCUUGACAGGACCUGCCAGGGCGUCUCUGUGACCUGAGCCGGGGGAGUGACCCGAGACAUUGUCCAAUGUAUUUGUGGCUUUAGAGCUUUUGUUAUAUUGUGCCUACAAAGCAAAUUAUGUUUACAGACGAAAUAUAAAUAAAAAAGUAUUCAGCAUAGCA